AUGGCUGUGCCUUUGGAAUCGCCGCGCAACUCUAUCGAGUACUGCGAGACAUUCGCAGAAGGAGAGACGCUUCUCCCACCCCUAGAACCGGUCCACAGCCCGCCGCCAGUCGCUCGCAAGAAGCCAUGGGCGCUAUUUGCAUUCCUUAUUUGCGCCAUGAUCACCGUCGUUGAUAUGGGUGUCUUCAUCGCCAACCCGCCUCAGACGCGUAUAUUCGAAGCGAACAUAUGUCUCAAGUACUACCGCGAAGCCGACCCUUCCGUGAUACCCGCGGAUGGAAUCAUACCUGAGAAGCUCUGCAAAGUAGAUAGGGUACAGCAGCGACUGGCCAGCAUCUUCGGCUGGCAGGACAUGUUUGAUGCUCUGCCAGGCAUAUUCUUAGCAGUACCUUACGGGGCCUUGGCUGAUCGGGUGGGCAGGAAGUGGGUCUUCAUAGCCAGUCUGGCGGGCUUACUGCUGAGUUUUGCCUGGGGACUGAUGAUUUGCUAUUUCACCUCUCUUCCCUUGCAAUUGACCUGGUUCUCGAGCGCCUUCCUUGUCAUCGGCGGCGGCCCCAUGGUAGCCAUAGCGAUCGGUAUCACCAUGAUGUCCGACAUCGCGCCCCCCGAAAAGCGAACUACCAUCUUCCUAUACGUGACAGCCUGCGUUCUUGUCUCAGAGAUGGUGGCACCCAUUUUGGCUGCGCGACUGAUGGAGAGUGGGGAUUGGCUGCCACUUAUGCUGGCUAUGGGAAUACAGGUCUCUGGUGCAAUGAUCGCAUUGUUCUUACCGGAAACAUUGCACCUGCGCGAUCUCCCGGAGCCCAAAGAUAGAGAUUUGCAAACUUUUGAGCUCCAGCCGACAACCAGCGACUUUCACUGGCGCUCGCAGAUACGCAACUUCCAAGCCACGGUCCACUUCCUUAGAGAUGAUUGGACAGUAGCACUGGUCGUUUUCACAUUCUUGAUUCAUAGACUGGGCAGACAAGCCAUGGGUCUCCUCGUUCGCUACGCCUCGAAACGCUACACCUGGGAGAUCAAGAAGGCGGCGUACCUGACCUCGUUUCGUGCAGGUACAAAUCUUGUUGUAGUGGCAACCAUUCUUCCACUGGUCAACUACAUCCUCUUGAAAAGACUCCGGCUUCCGAGCCACUGGGCCGACUGUUAUCUUGCACGUGGCUCCAUCAUUUUGACCACUAUUUCCUUCUUGAUCAUGGGUGUUGCCGCACAGCCUGGUCUUCUGAUCAUUGGCCUUCUUGUCUUUAACAUGGGUACCGGUUAUAGUGCCGCUAUGCGCUCUGUUUCCAUUCACGUCAUUGGCGGUCAAUCGAGCCCAAACGUGGGUAAGCUGAUGAGCACACUUGCCAUGGCUGAGGCCAUUGGCUCAAUGGUUGCUGGACCGCUGUUGAACGAGCUCUUCGAGAUUGGUAUGGACAUGGGCAGUGCAUGGCUUGGGCUGCCUUUCCUGGGUUCUGUUGUUGUAUUCGCCUUCAUGACUGUGGCGACAUUUGCCAUCGACGUGAAGGACAAGGAGCCUGCUUACAUUGAAGUGCACAGUGAGGACGAUGAUAUUUUCGAUGAGGAAAGGCCGACAGCUAUGCUCGAGCGUGAGGAUAUCACUAGAAGCAGAAAUCCCCUGUGA